GGAGGUGGCGGUGCUGAGACGGCGCCUCCAGGUAAGAAGACGAAGGCGGGUGGCACGCCAUUGCAGAAAGUGAAGGCGGCGGUGCUGAGCUACGGCGUCCAGCGCACGGCCGCGAGUACCUUGCUCAAGGAGAUCAAGGAUGCGACUGACGGGACGGAGCCUGGCAAGGUGAGGAGCAAGUGGUAUCCGUUCAACAACGAGCACGCCUACGGGGCGCUUGAGAAGGCAAUCACGCAGCUGGAGGGCGUGAUUUACGACAGGAACAAGCCGCACUACGCCCAGUUCAUUGCGGAGAACGUGCAAGAGCUCCGCUCCGCGGCGGCGAAGGCAAGGAAGGCCAACCUGCUCGACGAGCAGUUCGUGGAGUUCACAACGGUCAUUGGCCCUCACAUCGACGAGCUCACGAUGCAGAUGCGCCUGCUGCUCGACCAGUGCUCCCAGCGCCUCAAGACGGAGUCCUACUUCGACAGCAAGAGGGCCAGCUGA